CGUCGCCGGGGCGACAAAGAGAAAGAGAAAGGAAGGGGCGGAGUAUAAAAGGACCCACCGCGAGCCGCUCAGCUACAUCAGUCCCCGCAGGGCAGCAGUGAUCCGUACGCCAACCACCCAGCCAGCAACCACCAACCAUGAAGGCCGCUCUCGUGAUCCUUUUCGCCGUCGCUGCGUGCGCCCAGGCUGUUGAGAACAAGGAGGCGACGGCAGAAAAGAAGCAAGAGAAGAGGGGACUGCUUGGUCUGGGAUACGGUGGCUACGCAGCUGCUCCGGCCUACGCAUACGGCGCUCACUCGAUUGGCUACGCCGCCCCUGCCGUCAGCUACGCCGCCCCCUCAGUGAGCUACGCCGCCCCCUCCGUCAGCUACGCCGCCCCCGCCGUCAGCUACGCAGCCGCAGCACCUGCCUACACCGCCUACACGGCCGCCGCCCCCGCAGUUAGCUAUGCCGCACCCGCAGUCAGCUACGCCGCCCCCGCCGUCUCCUACGCGGCCCCCGCCAUCGCAAGAGUAGCCGCCGCUCCCGCUGUGUCUUACGCGGCUGCCCCUGCUGUGUCUUACCAUGCUGCUGCCCCCGCCAUCUCUUAUGCAGCACCUUCCUACUCCUAUGCUAGGUACGCUGCCCCCUCUCUCUCCUACGCAGCUCCCGCCAUCUCCAAGUACGUAGCGGUCUUGCCACUAAUAACACCAAGCAUCUUUUCUACAUCUUCAAUGUUUAGUGGGGGCGUGAGUGAGGCGGCUGGCUCACCAUUCCGGUGGAACCAGUCGCUGCGGCCGCCAGCGUCCGGUAUAAAAGGACCCAGCUCGGCUCCAGACGGCACCACUAGCUUUCAGCUGCAGAUACAGUCGCCGCAGUCCCACAACCACCAACCACCAAACACCAUGAAGGCCACUCUGGUUCUGCUGUUCGUCGCCGCUGCCUGCGCCCAGGCCGUGGAGAACAAGGAGGCCGCUCCUGAGAAGAAGCAGGAGAAGAGAGGCCUGCUGGGUCUGGGAUACGGCGCUGCCGUCGCCGCCCCCGCUGCCGUGAGCUACGCUGCUCCUGCCAUCGCUGCUGCCCCCGCCAUCAGCUACGCCGCCCCCGCUAUCGCCGCCGCCCCUGCUAUCAGCUACGCCGCUCCCGCGAUCGCCGCCGCCCCUGCCGUCAGCUACGCCGCCCCAGCGAUCGCUGCUGCCCCCGCCAUCAGCUACGCCGCACCCGCCGUGAGCUACGCCGCCCCUGCUCUGAGCUACGCUAGGUACGCACCCGCUCUGAGCUACGCCGCUGCCCCCGCCAUCUCGUACGCCGCCCCCGCCAUCGCCAAAUACGCUCUCCACUAAGCCGCGACUGAAGAUGACCACCACUUCACUGGCAGAAAGCUACUACGUCCACGUGCACCACACGACCAGAGGAAACGCAUUACGUCAGUUUUCGCAGCAACUUCAUCAGCACACUGUAGCGGCAGUGCAGCCAACAGUCUAAUCAUUCAGAAUGAAUAAAUAAAUAACUUAAACAAA